AUUUAACCCACACCAGGUUGAGAAAUCUACACAGCUGCGAAUUGAUUAAUUUGUUUAGAAGAGUUGUACGUACACCAGCAGUUUCGCCGGAAUUUAUUGCUCAUUCUUACUAUAUAGCAGAGUGUCCUAUUUCGAUUAGUGCUCAAAUAACAAAGUUUCAAAUUGUGCGUCCGAACAUCGUUUCAGUUUAGCGAACGAUUUUCGCCGGACACUAAAUUGUUGUCCACUCUUUACGUGUAACAAAGGAAAACCAAGCCACGUGUAUAUUUACCGAUAGAAUCAAAACUGUUCAACAAUGGAUCAGGUCAAACUCAAGCAACUCGCAAUUAAAUUGUUUGAAAUCAACGCGUUCAAAUUUGGUGAUUUCAAGAUGAAAGUGGGAAUAAAUUCACCGGUUUAUUUUGAUCUUCGUGUCAUUGUUAGUUAUCCGGAUGUGAUGAACACUCUUGCGGACCUGCUGACGGAGUUUAUUGAGCUUAUCCAGGUCGACUCGGGUGCCCAUUUGUGCGGUGUUCCUUACACGGCUCUACCCGUGGCGACACUUAUUUCGAUCAAAGCCAACAAACCGAUGUUGAUUCGACGUAAGGAAGCCAAAACGUACGGCACCAAGAAGAUGAUCGAGGGUAAAUUUAGCGCCGGCGACAAAUGUCUCAUCAUCGAGGACGUGGUGACAUCCGGGUCGAGCAUCCUGGACACGGUGAAUGAUCUACGAGCGGAGGGCCUCGCGGUGACAGAUGCCAUUGUGGUGGUAGAUCGCGAACAAGGAGGUGCCCACAAUACGGAGGAAAAUGGAGUCAAAAUGCACUCGCUGUUUACUCUAUCCUACCUGUUGAAUGUUCUGCUUGAAGCCGGACGCAUCGAAGAAGGGACGGUGCAAUCCGUUGCCAAGUACAUACAAGGGGCGCAGAUUCGAAGCGAUGGAUCAUUUGUGAAAAACGGUGGCAAGGUUAUUAACGAGCUUAGUCGGGUAAGAAUGACAUUUGAAGCGCGCGCUGAUUUAGCGAAAUGCGCGCUCACCAAGGAACUGAUGAAAUUGAUUGCCAGUAAGAAAAGUACGCUUUGUCUGGCAGCGGAUCUAACCAAUUCGGAAGAGAUUCUGAAAUUGGUAGAAAAAGUCGGUCCUUAUAUUUGUCUACUGAAGACUCACGUCGACAUAGUGGAAGACUUCAAUGACAACUUUGUGAAAGCUCUUCAAUCGUCAGCUAAAAAAUACAACUUUAUGAUAAUGGAGGAUCGAAAAUUUGCAGACAUUGGUAACACCGUGGCGCUUCAGUACGCCAGCGGACCAUUUAAAAUCUCCAGUUGGGCUGACCUUGUAACGGUCCAUGCACUUCCCGGCCAAGGUAUUCUGAAGGGUCUGAAAUCGGCGUUGAAUGAUCCGACGCAACAAAGAGGAGUGUUUCUACUAGCUGAAAUGAGUUCCCAAGGUAGCUUGGCGACACCGCAGUACAGCUCGUCAACUAUGAAAAUUGCCACGGAAACGGACGUAGAUUUCGUAGCCGGAAUCGUUUGCCAGAGUGCCGAUUUGGUUGCGUUCCCGGGAUUGUUGCAACUGACACCGGGCGUUAAGAUCGAAGAAGGAGUCGAUGGACUUGGUCAAAAGUACGAUAGUCCCGAACACGCGGUCAAAGAAAAGGGAGCUGAUAUUUGUGUCGUCGGGAGAGGAAUACUUAGCGCAAAAAAUCAGUCUGAUAUGGCAAAGUUAUACCGGGACAGGCUUUGGGCAGCUUAUUGCGAGCGCGUUGGAAUUAGUGGGUAAGCUUCCAUGUUAAUGUUUCUGAAUAUGAUUCGAUAAAAAUAGUUACCUGACAAAAAUUUAGGCCCAUUCCAGAUUUAGGUUGUGAAAUUUGUAAACAUAAAAUGAUAUUCGAAAUGUCUUUGACAGGCAAAAGGUUAUAUAGAUCCGAAACGUAUGACUAAAUAAAGCAAUAAUCACUAUAA